AUGAAUGAGUUCGUGUACAUUUUCAUCGUAUUUGCCCAUUUUGUCAUGAAUGUUUGGCACACACUGCCUCACCACGUUCAAAGAGUAUGUCCUAGGGAUUGUGAAGAUAAGGAUCCAGUUCAUAUGAUAAAAGGACUCAUUUUGGAAUGCUUCUUCGGGUCGAACGUGCUGCUGAACUUUGGCGCUCUGGGCUACAGCGAAUGCCGGGUUAACCUGAUACGCGGUGACUCUGACGUGGCGCGUUUCAUUAUUCAAGUACAAAUAAGGAAUCUGAGAAAGAUUCUUACGAUUGCUGCAAACCGAUUUCCUGCCAGAUUACACAUACAGCUGUCAGAGUUGGUGGGCAUCGCGAAGCCCAUAGCACUGCAAGUAGUUAAAUACAACACUAAUUUGUGGAGCGUGGCUGUCUGA